CACGUUUAAAUCAUGGGCUUUAGUAUAUGGGAGGCCCAGCUCCGCGGCGUCAGCUCCCAGUUAUCAUCUCGAUCCAACUCCCAGCUUCCCCUCUCGCUCUCCUCUCUCCCCAAAAACCCUCCACCAAAAAUCUCAACUUUUUCUAGGGUUUCGAGCUCAACCUUACCAUUAAUGGAAAAUUCUGCGCUCUUAUCGUCCAAAUUCCCAGUCCUCGCUGGUUCCCCAAACCCUAGCUUAAUCCUCAGCCGGCAGUUGCCGGCUUGUCCUUCUCUUCGAGGAGUUGGGGGCGGGAAAAGGCAGAGAUUUGUUGUAUCUGCGAUUAGAAGCGGGGGCAAAGAAGGAGAUUCUCGAAGAAUUUCUAAAAAUGAGAGAGAAAAUUUUGCAAGAAUUUCAUCUUCGAGCAGCAGUGAGAUGUCUACAGCUAGUGCUACGCCUCAGCUUCCAGUACCACCCCCACCCUCAUAUAUAGGCUCACCUCUUUUAUGGAUUGGAGUUGGGGUCGGGAUCUCUGCAUUAUUCUCUGUGGUGGCAACAAAAGUAAAGCAAUAUGCAAUGCAGCAAGCUUUCAAGGCAAUGAUGGGUCAAUCAGCACCACAAGGUGGUCAAUUUAGUAAUGCUACUUUCCCACAAGGUUCACCUUUCCAAUUUCCUCCUAAACCACCAUCAGGUUCGAGUACUCCGUCACCCUCAUUUUCAAGCAGUCCAUCACCAUCACGUGUUUCUUCACAAGCAGCCGUUACAGUAGAUGUCCCUGCUACCGAAGUGGAAGCGUCUUCACCUACUGAAGUUGGAGAUGAACCACAAAUCAGGAAGGAACAGAAGAAAUAUGCUUUUGUAGAUGUUUCUCCAGAUGAAGUUCUGCAGAAGGAUUCAGGAUAUUCAGUAGAUUCGGUUUCACCAAAUGGAGCUGCCACUAAGCAGGACGCAAAUGCUUCCAGCGACCACUCACAAUCUGGUAAAGAACCAUCUCUCCUGUCAGUUGAAGCAUUGGAGAAAAUGAUGGAGGAUCCUAAUGUGCAGAAGAUGGUUUAUCCGUAUUUGCCUGAGGAGAUGAGGAAUCCAACUACUUUUAAGUGGAUGCUACAGAAUCCAGAAUACCGCCGACAGCUGCAAGACAUGCUAAGCAAUAUGGGGGGAAGUGGUGAAUGGGACAGUCGUAUGAUGGAUUCUUUGAAAAAUUUUGAUCUGAGCAGCCCUGAGGUCAAACAACAAUUUGACCAGAUAGGGCUCACUCCAGAAGAAGUUAUAUCUAAAAUCAUGGCAAACCCUGAAGUUGCCAUGGCAUUUCAAAACCCAAAAGUGCAAGCUGCCAUCAUGGAUUGCUCGCAAAAUCCCUUGAGUAUUGCAAAAUAUCAGAAUGACAAGGAGGUUAUGGAUGUGUUCACCAAGAUAUCAGAGCUCUUCCCUGGAGUGACGGGACCAUGACCUCUGAUUCGAUGAAAUACAUGCAAUUUUGAAAUUACAGCGCAAGCUAUUUAUGUGAUCAGCAAUGGCUGCCUGCGCUUUCAAUGAGCAUGGAUAUUAUUCAGCAUAACUGGUUGGAUGAUACGCUGCUACUCUGAAGUUGCUGUUGCUGUUUCUGAACUGUUAUGUGUAGCGUCAUGCGUCUCUGCUUCUUGACUUGAAAUAUGCGUUGUAAUCUAUGCUAGAGGCUUUCAUAGUAUAUACUAUUGUAACGAGAUUUGUAUACUCUUGUAAUGAAAUUUGUCUUUUGCUUCUGUGAAUUAAUGAGUGCGAAUGUUCAAACAAAAUCUGUACACUUGUAAUGAAAUUAUCUUUUUCUCCUGUGAA